UUCUGCUCUGGAGUGAGUUACAAGCAGACAAUCUCCGAGCCUCUGGACAGACCGAUCUUUACCUGCUCUGAGGUUUAUGUGUGAGAGCGUGAAGGGCAUAUUUUGUUGCUGAUUCCUAGUUGACUUUCUGCCACCUGUGAAUCUGGCUCUGUGUCCGAUUCCUGGGGCGAAUCGAGAUCCUCACCAUGUAUUUGGAAGCGGUGCAAAUGGGCAGGCUGUUCCUCACCUUCUGCCUCUACAAUGCCGUGAGCUCCUUCAAUUCCAACGCCAUCAAGACGGGUAGUGGAGCAGUGCAGAGCCCAAGUCACCCGGCCAGUAUUGCUCCCCAGGUUGUCCACCAGCACAGUGUCAACAAAAACCAUGCAGUCGACCAACUCCAGCUCGCCACUUGCUUGGAUGACCGGGACUGUGCUGUCGAGCAGUUCUGUUCCGCUUCGCGCUCCGCUUCCCAGCAUUGCCUGAACUGCCGCCGGCGCCGGAAGCGCUGUCUCCGAGAUGCUAUGUGCUGUCCGGGGACUCGCUGCAGUAACGGUAUGUGCGUGCCCAAUGAUGCGGAGCACAUCCCCGAGGAGAUAGAGGAGACGAUCCUGGAUAGCUGGAGCCCUGAGGAUCAGCAAACCACCCUGGAUAGUCAGCCGAGGAGGACCACCGUCCCAGCGAGGUCCCACUCCGUGAAAGGGCAAGAAGGCGACGUUUGUCUCAGGUCCUCAGACUGUGCCCAAGGACUGUGCUGCGCCCGACACUUCUGGUCCAAGAUCUGCAAGCCCGUGCUGAGGGAAGGCCAAGUGUGCACCAGGCACAAGCGGAAAGGCUCGCACGGCCUGGAGAUAUUCCAGAGGUGCGACUGCGCCCAGGGUUACUCGUGCCGGAUGCAGAGAGGGGCCAGUCACGGCUCCAGCAAGAAUUCAAGGCUGCACACCUGCCAGUGAGCCCGGGACAGCGCAGUCACCAUGGACAAUGAAGGUGUGGAUGGGGAAGGAGCGACCCC